GCAGACUGGGGUGACAGGGAAAAGCAGUGAUAACAAACAAAGAAGACGCUUGCUAGUGACUCUUAAGCUGGGAGCCGAUCAACAAGAAGAAAAAUAUGGGGAAACUACUCCAGGUUUUCUUCGUUUUUGUCCUCUGUAUAAGCAGUACACAGCAGAAAAAAGGACAAAAGACACGGAGGGAGCAGAAAAACAGCUCUGAGGUUGUUUUUCCCAUGCCCAGAACAUUUAAAGGGGCCCCAGUCAUUAACAAUCAGCCCUGUGUAAAUGGGACUCAGGCUUCCUUUCUAAAUUAUUCCUCUCCAGCUCUGAACUUGCUCAACAACAGCACAGUACGGUACCUCGGUGGUUCUCUGAGCACCCGAGUCAUUCCCAUUAUUUACAUGUUGGUGGUUACAGUUGGGAUUCCAGCCAACGUCAGUAUCUUGUGUUUGCUAGUGACUAAAAUCCGAAAGGUGUCUUCUGCCAUCCUCUACUGCAGCCUGGCUGUCUCCGACCUCUUCCUCCUCCUCUCCCUCUUCUUUAAGGCUCACUACCAUUUCCAUGGAAACCACUGGGUUCUCGGAGAGACUGCUUGUCGAGUUGUUACGGCAUGUUUCUACGGCAAUCUCUACUGCUCGGCCAUGACGCUGGCUUGCAUCAGCAUCAAGCGCUACCUUGCUGUAGUGUACCCGUUCCUGUACAAAAGUAUGCCCAAGAGAAUGUGCGCUGCCUGGGUGAGCCUGGCUCUGUGGGGGGUGUUUGGUGUUGCCAUCAUCCCAGAGCUCAUUGUCCAGCAGAGCUACUGGCUCCCUCAGCUCAACCGCACAACCUGCCAUGAUGUGUUGCCCCUGGAUCACAGCUCUCACAUGUUUCUACUCUACUAUCACCUGAUUCUUAUCAUCUUAUUUCUUAUGGUUCCACUUGUGGUUACAAUUGUGUGUUUUACCCGAAUCAUCAACGAGUUAACAAGAUCACACUUUGACUGGAGAAUGUACAUCAAGGCCAGCUCACUGGUGUUUAGUAUCUUUCUGGUGUGCUUUAUACCCUCUGGAGUCCUACACUUUGUCCAUUACGUCCAACUGUUUGUGAAUGGAACGGAAACCCUGUAUAUGUACUUUAAUGUGGCAGUGUGUUUGUGCUGUGUCCAUGCCUGUCUGGAUCCUUUCCUUUUUCUUCUCAUGUCCAAAUCUGCAAGCUCCAGGCUUUACUUCAUGUCUUUCAAAGGCAAGACGCUGAGCAUAUCUUUCUAAUAGAAACCUGUUUAACAGUGUUAAAAAGUAAGUGAUCAUACUUCUUAUUUUUGUGGAUGAUAAUGAGAGAAAUGUUCUCCUUGGCAGGAAUCCAAAGAGAGAUCAAAAGCACAUGAUUUUUCAUUUAAAACUAUAAAUGGAUUUCAUCAUUGUUGUAUUAACCUUAUUCUAUGAGUCAUAAUUGUUGUUUUAUUAUAAAAGUUCUGUUUUUGUGACACCCACACACAAAA